AUGCAUCCUCACUUGCACACGCAGAAUGCCAUGGCAUGCCAGGAAGUCAUCGCCGCUCUCGAAGAAUGCCAUGCGCAAGGCUUCAUGCACAAGGCCGCAGGCGGCUGCAACGAUGCCAAGAUCCUGGUCGACAAGUGUCUUCGACAGCAGCGCUCCAAAGUACAAGAGGGAAACAGGGCCGCCGCGAAAGCGAAACGAGACCGAAUCAAGGAAGAGCAGCGAGCGCUGGGGCUGUGA